GUUUUAAAGUGUUACUGUUAAGCUUUUAGUGAGUCGGACCCACGCAGGCUCGGAAUUGCUUGGAAACCCAAAUAUGGAAACUGUGUUGGUGCCGACCAUUAAGGAGGACGUGUAGAUCACUUUCAUAAUAACUUAGGUUUUCAAUAAAGUGUGAGGGUUUUGAGACAUGAUGAUGGAUAUGAUUAUAUUACCUGUGUAGGGCGGAUUCUGUGUCAUGAUAAGUUUAGAUAAUCAUUCCAGACCAUGGUAGUAUUGUUUUAAACAGUUGAGGCUAAAGCUUACCUAGGUUGCAAGCUCUUCAGAUUUCUUGGUAUAGCGAGAGAGGAGGCCAUAAUCUUAUGCUCAAAAUUUGGAGUCCCUACUGAUUAUAAGAGAUAUUCUGCGUUAUUAUUGUUGGGAAGGCUGACUUCGGCGGGUACUCUGUCUUUCUCUUUGGGAUUAGCAGGGGAUUUAUGCCCUCAGCAUGGAGUUUGAAGUGUGCGCCUGCUUUAUAUUGAUUUGGUAGCUUCCGAAGUGCUUGAAAAAUAAAAUAUGCGAAAUGAUUUAGCAGAUUUGUGGGAGUUAAUCAUAUGAGAUACGAAAAAUAAAACAGAGAUGCUCAAAGAAGUCUCUUUUCAUCGAGGGCUUUUAACCUAAAGGGGAAAACCAUUCAGACAAAAUUUCUACUAUUGAUUCUUGUGAAGCAAAAUUGACCUCCCUUCUCUGGAAGCAAAAUUUGCAGAAAAUCUCUAACAAAUACAGAAGUUUUAACAUCUGAAAAAUGCAGCUAUAUCACCAUCCUUACUCAUUAGAUAGUCAGAAGGUGCGGCUCGCUCUGGAGGAGAAAGAUGUAGAUUACUGGUCCUAUAGAUUGAAUCCUCUGAAGGCCAGGAACCUAGAUUCAAAUUUUUUUCGCAUGAACCCAACCGGAAAAAUACCUGUACUUACGAAUGGCGAACAUGUCAUUAAGGAUACACUUUCAAUCAUUCAGUAUAUUGAUAGUCUCAAAGAUCCCUUAGGGGGAGAUGCCGUGGAUCGGGAGAAAAUGCUGGAGUGGAUGAAGUGGAUAGACACAUGGAAUCCAAAGCUUUUUACUCUUAGCCAUAUUCCUCAUAAAUACCGCCUGUUCUUUUCAAGAUUCCAGCGGAGAGCUAUAGUAACACGAAUGGCUGAAUCCUCUGAUCUUAUUGAUAAGUACCGUUCGAAGCUUCAAAAUGCCUAUAUAACAGAGGAGCAAUUGAAAGAUAAGGAUCUGAUUAACAAUACCGAAGAACAGCUUAUAAAGAUUCUUGAUGCCGCUGAAAACCAGCUUGUUUCUCAGACCUUUUUGGCUGGUGGAGCAUUUUCAAUGGCUGACUGCAUGUUUGUUCCAAUUUUAGCUCGUAUUGAGCUAUUGAAUUUGAGUGAGGAGUAUAUUAGCCCAAGAAAGCAGCUUUCAGAUUACUGGAGCCGUGUGAAGGAACGCCGAAGCUAUCGUACUGUUAUUGGAAAGUAUUUUUCAGGAUGGAGAAAAUAUAAAACUUUAUAUGGCACCUACAGCUCAGUCUGGCUGAGAAACUUCUUUAGAAGGUACUGAAUUUAAGGGUAAAGAAGCUAUGGAAUAUAAAUUUUUUUGUGGGUUGUAUAGAUGGUUGGUGUUACAAAAAGCCAGGUGCCUUAUUUAUGAGAUCUAUGGCGGAUUAUAUGUAUGGGUGCCUGUAAUUACUGACCUGUUAGUACAGUUCCACCAUUGUGAUAUUGUACAAUGUAAUUCUUGAUUGAAAAGACAAUAAAGUUGCUAUAAAUUUGUAUA